AUGGAAUUCCACAGAUCUUACGGAAAAUCUACAUUAGGGACAGCAGCCUGUCACGAUGAUACAGGGGCAUGUACAUGUAAAACAGGUUGGACCGGAGCGGACUGUAGUACUGAUAUUGAUGAAUGUGCUAAUAAAACGGACAAUUGUAAUGCAACUAUAGAGACCUGUAGCAAUGUUGAUGGAUCGUGGAGUUGUGUGUGUAUAUACGGAAAUAGCAGCACUGGAUGCAAUGGAGGAUGUAACGAUACACAUUAUGGUUAUCAGUGCAACCAAACAUGUCCGUGUGAUUUGACAAACACAGCAGCCUGUCACGAUGAUACAGGGGCAUGUACGUGUAAAACAGGUUGGACCGGAGUGGACUGUAGUACUGAUAUAGAUGAAUGUGCUAAUAAAACGGACAACUGUAAUGCAACCAUAGAGACCUGUAGCAAUGUUGAUGGAUCGUGGAAUUGUGUGUGUAUAUACGGAAAUAGCAGUACUGGAUGCAAUGGAGGAUGUAACGAUACACAUUAUGGUUAUCAGUGCAACCAAACAUGUCCGUGUGAUUUGACAAACACAGCAGCCUGUCACGAUGAUACAGGGGCAUGUACAUGUAAAACAGGCUGGACCGGAGCAAACUGUAGUACUGAUAUAGAUGAAUGUGCUACCAACAAGCACGACUGUAAUGCAUCUAUAGAGACCUGUAACAAUGUUGGUGGGUCAUGGAAUUGUGUGUGUAUAUACGGCAAUAGCAGCACAGGAUGCAUUGCCAAAGAAUCAGAGUAUACUCCAGAAAGUACAGAGCUCAAAAUAGGAGUUGUUGUAACUUUCAAUGAAACCAUAGAUCUGAGUGAUUAUGAUGAUGCCAAAAAGGAAAUGAAGAUAGCCCUUACGAAUUACUACAAAGAGAAAAUAAAAGGAUUUAUAAAAGUUGUUAUCCUUGUCAUGAGGGAAGGAAGUACAGUUGUUGAACACGAAAUCGUCACAAAUAAGACAGAAAAAGCACAACAAGACACUGCUUUGGCAGUCGUUAGCCUGUCUAAUGGCGAGAACAAAGUUGAAUAUAAAAACCAAACCCUUUCAACUACCUUAGUAACUGUGGAGGAUAAAAACAUAACAUCUUCAAAUUCUAAAUGUGAUGUUUAUAUUAUAAACUUUCCAUGUGAUGCUGGAGAACAAUGUAUUGAGAGUGGAGAUAGCGUCUACUGUUCGAAGAUAGCCGAUGACAAUGACGAAUUUAAGCUGAUUGUCGGUCUUGGAGUUGGAAUACCUCUCCUCUUCAUAGCAGUUUUAAUCCUCGCAAUUAUUUGUGUUUACUGGAGAAGACGUCAAGAUGAUGAUUCAUCAAAUUUGUCUGAAGAUGAAUUUGGAAUUGCGUAUGGAAGUCCAGGAAGUUACUUUCCCUCUGUAAUACCAACGAAAAUUGACAGCUGGGGUAGGCAUGUAUCGCCGUACUCUCCACAUUACUUUUCGGAUCAUUCCACUAUACAAGGAGGCAAUCGAUUAGAUGAUGUCACAAACUACACAGAACCAUAUUUGUAUGACAAUGGCGAGAAAUCGAAUUUUUCUUGGGAUUUCAUGUUUCAGUCUUUACAUCCUAAUGAAAAAUUUCACAUAAGGAGGCCUGAAAUAAGAUCUCAACCAUUAAAAACUGAGUGAUGUUUAAGGAAAUUGAUAUUUGCGCUUUGUUCAUCGGUGUUUUAAUGUGCCAUAGAUUUUCAUUAUUUAUCAAAGACACUCAUCGAGUGAAUUAAGCCGGGUAUAGCAGGACUUUCAUCAUCAACUAGAAAUUUCUGAAGUACUUUAUGAAAUGUUUGUCAGGAAUUAUGUAGUCAGAAUAAAAUUCAUUUGAAUGAUUGUUUGAAAGGGAAAUACAUUAAUUAUGUAUGUAUAUGUGCGGAUAUAUAAUGCAGCUAUGAUAUUUUAUAAUUUUAACUUUUUUUUCAAAAAUCUUGACUUAAAGCAUUAUUGGAUAAGCAAAAUGUAUAUAUUUUUUUCAACAAUACCUUUCUGGUGGCUGAUUUAUAAUCACGUAUACCUUUGUAAUCUAAACAGGCACCACUUGUUUAUAUAUAUCAGCUCAUACUUGUAUAUAAAGAUUUGAAGGAGUGACUUUAAUUAUUUUAAGCAAUUGAAAACAUUAUGACGUAUAUUAUAAAUAAAAAUAAUCAAACAUUAAAGAGUUUGAGGAGAAUAAAACACGAAAUAAUUAAAAAAGCAUAUUUCAUUAGAAUUCAGCAAAACAAAAGCAAGCAGACGUAUAAUUUUAAAUGCAUGCAAUUAAUACAUGUUACACUCAUAUUCAGUAUUUCUGUUUUAAUCAAUAAACAUUUUUUAUCAUGUGUUUCUUUUGCUCAUAAAACUA